UGGAGAAGAAAACGAGAAAUGCAGAGAACAUAGUGUUCCACUAUUCUCUGAGUGAUCUUUUGUUGAAGACUCUGCUGGAAACUCCAUGUAAAACGGCUUGAAAUCACCAUUCGAAAUCUUAUACUUUUCCGACCAAAGCAAGUUUCUUGCACCUGCGUCUCAGAUCUGCUUCUAUCGCUUGAGCAAAUCAUUGAAUCUGCCACCUUAUAAAAAAGCCUUUUUUAUGUUAAUCCCGAGUGCUCACCUCCUUAUUUGUGAUUUAUUUUGAAGGAAAUAUUUUUGUAGCGCUUCCUCAGUGAUUUUUUUCUGAUUCACACAUGAUAAUUUUCUCUGAUUUUUCCAUUUUAGAUCUUCUUGAUGUGACAACACAGUUAGCAACAAACGUCCAAGCACAUAUUUCAAAUCUUGAUAAGAAAUUGGAACGUAUAUCUAAACGAAUGCAUCAAUCAUCUGGCAAUACAGUUUUGGACAGAUACCGAACAGGGGGUGACACAUUUCCAACAGACAUUGAUUACAAUGGACAAAAUUUACUCGACAUAUAUGCUAGGGGCGAUCAUACAAAAUAUGCCAGGGAAAUAUUAAAAAUUUUAUUUACAAAUGCUGAAAUGAGUCGUUCAAUUUUAAUGCCAAAUCCAAUAUUUUCAAAACCUGGUUUAGAUCCUGGUUUAGAUCAUCUAGAAUGGCCAUUUUCAAAAAAUGAAAUUGGAAAAAAUGCUGUUAGUGCAAAAUUUCAGAUUGCUCCUACUCAUUGGAAUACAUUUUUUACAGAUUGUUUGCAUCGUACACUCACACAAUUGAUUUGUGAUGUUAGAAAAAAGUAUAAUCGAGAAUUAUAUCAACGACAGAUACAAACAACAGGUGAUCAAGUGACAACAGCUACUGUUUAA